AUGAGGGAAGAAAGGCAGUCUCCUUGGCUACCGAGACAGGUUCUUUUAUCUCAUGCCGGACCUCUUCUUCCAUGGGGACAACAGAUUUCCACCAGGAUGUACGAGCUUCUUGAGGAACUCAUAGAUGAGUCAAGUUCCAAAUGGUCAUACUGUUAA